AUGAACGUGACACGGCCGGCACGAUGCCUUCUUUGCAGCUUCACCCGUGCUGCCACCCCAAGCACGCGAGUCCCUCGACGCCAGUUCCACCCUACUCCCGCGCCUCUCUCGAAUCGGAAACCCAAGUUCCCCAAUGUGAAGGCUCCUCAGACACCGGAUUAUAAGCCUUACACGGAAGAGCAGAAAGCCGAACUUGCCAAGGAGUACUCGGCGGCACAGAUGGCGGCCAUUGAGGCCGGCGAAGCUGCUAUCGACCCCAAAGACCUGGCGGAGCAGAUGAACGAGCGCUCCGAUCCUAUGGCAUUCAAAUACCUCGACGACUUCUCAGUCAUCGAGCCCGGCAUCGAUCGACACCAGCGCGCCCCGGAGUCGAACUCGGACUACAAUUUUACGCUGAAGACCGAGGCCGAUUUCAUUAACGACUUCGGCCGCUUCAUCGCCGAUAUGCCCGAUAAUGCGACAGGUGCGGACUUCGUCCGGUUCGCCGAUAACCUGCGCGUCACCCACGGCAAAGAGGAGAACGAGUUGGACCCGCACAGCGCACUUGUGCCGGACCUCUUCGGACCCGGAGAGACCAUAGAUGAGCCCCGUGUGGAGGAGAGGAAGACAGCCGCCGAGAAGGGCGAGAAGGAGCGAUCUGCAGAAGCGGAGGAAAUGACUGAUGCGCUCAAGAGUCUACUGCUGGCUACGGGCUACACGGAAAAACAGGUCAAGGACCUCCGGACUAAGACUCUGGUCUCACACAGUGUCACCAACCAAACUCGGCUAGGAAAGAUUCGCCGUGCGUACCGUCUAUCCAUCGCCGGUAAUGGUGAUGGUUUGCUGGGUAUUGGUGAGGCCAAGUCCGAUGAAGCCUCCGAUGCAAAGAUCCAGUCGCAAUACCGUGCUAUCCGAAACAUGCAGCCUAUUCCUCGCUACGAGAAGCGAACCAUUUACGGCGAUGUCAAGGGCAAGGUGGGAGCCACAGAGUUGCAACUGAUGCACCGUCCGCCAGGCUUCGGACUCCGUGUCCAAUACCUCAUUUACGAGAUGUGCCGUGCUGGCGGCAUUCACGAUCUUUCGGCCCGUGUCGGUCGCUCAAGGAACCAGAUGAACACCGUCAAGGCCGCCUACCAGGCCCUCAUGAGCCAGCGUAACCCCGAGCAAGUUGCUCACGCACUCGGCAGAAAACUUGUCGAUGUGCGCAAGGUGUACUACGCAGGCAAGGUCUAG